GCAACGACGAUUAGUAGGGCGACGUUUGUUGUAUUAGGUUACUGUGGUCGUUUGCGUUCUUACUUGAGAGAGUUGGACAUCAAAUCAUGAAUUGCAUCUAUUGAUGCUGAUCAUUUAACAGUUGGAGAUGACGAGAGUUUUGCUUUUGCAAGGUAGCAGUAGCACCACCACCAAUAAAGCACAUCUUUUUUUCGUUGUUUGCCAAGCGCGGCAAAUAAGAACGAAAAAGAAAAGGCUAAAGAAGUCGACGCCAGCAUUCUGUUGAGCUUUUUUCGAGUGCAAAAGAAUGUCUGCCACAGGAGACGGUGAGUCCGCUGCGGGUGUUGAGGAACCUGCGACGCAACCCGGCGCUGUAACAGAGCCACAACAGCCGCGGCGCCCAUCUCUUGCGAGGAUCGCAAGGUCCCAAACCCAGCAGGAACUCUUCACAGCGGAAAGCACGAACAACGCGCUCUUGGAGCAGAUGAACACAAAAAAUCCAGCGGUCUAUCACCUCAACACAGGCGAUGACGAGCCGCUCGACGUGGAUCUCGAUUUGUCCUUCGACGUUUUUCAGUUUGCCAAGACGUUCCUCUACGAGUCUUUGCCGACUUAUGUGAACCUCCUCGCCAUUGUUCCGGUUGAAAGGUUCAUCGAGAAAAAGUCCUUUCCGGAAAUCUACAAUUUUUGCUGGAGUCGGAUCUACAUCUUCACCAUUAGCAACGACGCUGCGUUCCCCUUUGCUACCCAGGUCUUGCUGGUGACCGCGCCGAAUACCUUGCUGAUUGUGGCGAUCUGCCUCUGGGCCUUCGAUGUUGACAACGUGCGGGCGGUCCUAGACUUGUCCGAAAUCCUCACGUGGAUCGUUGCAGUCUUGAUGCGCAACUGCGUCGUGGCCAUCAAAUACGGCUUCUUGGAAAAGCAGGAGAUCCUCGAUCAAUAUGGUGGCAACUAUAACGCUGCGCACAGGGUCCCGCGGAAGAUUUUUUUGGGCGGUUGGGCGACGCCCAACGAGUUUGACAAGAAAAUCAUGCUAGAAGAAAUGCAGACUGCCAUGGCGCUAUGCGAUUGCGAUCUGAACCUGGCACCUCUAAGAGUGAAGCCUGAUGCGGGGGCAAGAGAAAUCGGGAAGUGCUUGCAAAAAAUGCUGCAUCAAGAGAAUGGGAAGGAGCUGCAGCAGGGUGCCGAGGUAUAUAGCUCACAAGUACACGAUUUUCACGACGGGCCGAAGCCGAACGCUGAGGACGAGGCUGCAACAAAUUCAAAUAAAGAUAAACCUUCAGCUGAUGGUGGAAAACGACACAGCAACGGCGAGCACGCGUACGCGACCAAAUUAACGCCUCCCGUGACUGCAUUAGAUUUCCUGUACUUGGUCACAACGCAGACCAUCGCUUCGCCUCUACCGGGGCACCGACGCGCCUUCAUGCUUCUCGGUAUCGUCGCCGUCUUUAUCCCCCCGGUAAUUCGCAGUUUCGGCCCAGGCGACCUUCCUGCUUUCGGUGACACGGCGGCGUCGAAGCUCGCAGUGGCGUGCUGCGUAUUCUCGCCCGGUUUCUACGUCGCGCUCAUGGCCGGUUUCGCGCAAGUGGCCAUAUGGACCUACCAACGCCGCGCGAGGGCAUUCGAGAUGCUCGACCGCUUGUGUGCCGAAGGAGUCGGAAUUUCUGAGUUGGUGCCGGCAGGCGUUCUGGCCUCGGUCAGCGAGGGCAAAAAGAGCGGCGACCCCUACGCUGCUUUAAGUGAACUCUCACCAUCGACGCAGCAGAACAAAUCGACGAACACAUCCUCGACCACACAGCAGCUGCGAACGCAGAAAACAAAAGCCCUUGUCUCUGUCCACAAAAAGAACAACGACGUCACUAGUGAAUCUCCCGCUAUGCGUGUCGUAUUCGACCUUGCGGAUUCUGAAACCGUCGUAUCCUUGCUUCUCCUCCGCCGGUGCCUGCGGAAGAUAGGCAGCCGAUACAACAGUCGCAUGGACGGGUUCUCCAUGGCCUUUUUCGGCACGGGAAUAAUUUUCGUCGGGACGUUGUGUUUGUUCUUCCUGACCCCCGCAUCUGUCAUCGCCAGUUCCGACAGCGUCACGGGCGCCUCUAAGGAAAUUACCCCCAUGAACCACCGCAUGGCUACGGAUAUUCUCCUCUUGUCCAUCACCAUAUACAUCAGCGUCACACUCGCCAUGCUACUGUUGGUUGCCGCGAAGUGCAACGAGGCGCCGCGGUUCAAGAUGGCGCUGCAGCGUGCCGCGCUCACCUCCUGUGCGGAGUUGGUCGACGAGGCGGAAGCCAGUGCGAGGGAAGUUGAAGCUACUAGAGGCAAAAGCGCCGCAACUUGGCAGCGGUUGCUCGCACACAAGGAGCUGUUACAGAUGGCGGAUACGCAAGUGGGAUACGAGGAAGAAGUGGUGGACCCCGUUCGAGUGUUGGGCGUUCCCGCGUCCUUCGUCACCGUCGGGGCCACCAUUAGUGCAAUUUUCACGGGAUUGUUCAUCGCUCUGCAGGGCUGGCUCACGCAAAGCGGCGCGGGCUGGUCCUAUUCAAAUGUAGACGGUGUUUGGAGGCCACCUAGUGACACGUAGGAAGCUUCCAAAUGUCGAUCGUGUACAACGCGAAUAAGCAGCACUACCACUAAUUACAUAGAAGCAUAAAAUCAUCGACCCUGCUGAGUUUCCAAGAAGAAGUUUGAUUGUUUCUGACGAAGGCAUACCAUGUUGAUACUUGUAGCUAGCGCGCUCGAUGUUCUU